AUGCCGGCAUUGAGCUCCACCAUGACGGAGGGAAAAAUCAUCAGCUGGAUCAAGUCGGAGGGGGAGAAGCUGUCCAAGGGAGAUUCGGUGGUGGUGGUGGAAUCCGACAAGGCGGAUAUGGAUGUUGAGUCGUUUUACGAUGGUUACCUGGCCGCCAUUAUGGUGGAGGAGGGAGAUUCCGCCCCCGUUGGGAUGCCUAUUGCCCUUCUUGCUGAAUCGGAAGAUGAAAUUGCAGCCGCUCUAGCCCAGAAAUCAUCCUCCCCCGCCGCCGCCACCACCACCACCACCGACCCCUCCCCGGAUAGUACCACCAGUAACGAAACUCCCAGAGGCAUUACAAAUGCAAAUAUUAGUAGCAGAAGCUCUGUUGCUAAUGGUGCAAUGGGGUCCUCAGUUCACCCGGCAUCUGAGGGGGGAAAGAGGGUCGUGGCAUCACCAUACGCGAAGAAAUUGGCGAAGGAACUUGGGGUGGAUUUGAUUGGACUAGUUGGGAGUGGCCCUAAUGGCAGGAUAGUGGCGAAGGAUGUGGAGGUGGCUGCUGCUGCGAAAGUGAGUGCCAGUGGUGGUGCUGCAGUGGCUAGUGAGGCUGCUAAGCCGAGUACUGGUGCUGCUGUGGUGGAAUUGGGGACGGUGGUUCCAUUUACGACAAUGCAGAGCGCAGUGAGUAGGAAUAUGAUGGAAAGUUUGGCUGUGCCGACGUUUAGAGUGGGGUAUACAAUUACCACUGAUGCACUGGACACUUUGUACAAGAAGAUCAAAUCUAAGGGAGUGACCAUGACUGCAAUGCUAGCGAAGGCAACAGCACUUGCACUGGUUAAACACCCAGUUGUGAAUUCUAGUUGUAGAGAUGGUAAGAGCUUUACAUACAACAGCAGUAUCAACAUUGCGGUUGCUGUUGCCAUUGAUGGUGGUUUGAUUACACCGGUGCUUCAAGAUGCUGACAAAAUAGAUAUAUAUUCAUUAUCAAGAAAGUGGAAGGAGUUGGUUGAUAAGGCGCGAGCAAAACAGCUCCAACCUCAUGAGUACAAUACAGGCACGUUUACCCUAUCUAACCUUGGAAUGUUUGGUGUCGACCGCUUUGAUGCCAUCUUACCUCCAGGAACUGGUGCAAUAAUGGCCGUUGGUGCAUCUGAACCCACUUUGGUCGGUACAAAGGAUGGUCGGAUUGGUCUGAAAAAUCAAAUGCAGGUAAACGUUACUGCAGAUCAUCGUGUGAUAUACGGCGCUGAUCUGGCAGCUUUCUUGCAAACCUUGGCUAAGCAUGAAAAACCAGAAAGAUUAGUUAAUAAAGAAGAAAGCAAAGAAACUUGCAACAACAAUCAAAGAAAGAACUUUUCGCACGGUAUGAAGGUCGAACGAAGAGGAGAAGAAGACGAUGACGUUGAUAACGAGGAGGAAAAAAUGGACAUGUUGUGGGAGGAUUUGAAUGAAAAGUUCUCAAGAAAGCUUGUGGCUGAUUCUGAUAUGUCUUCACCUGAUAGAGAUGUACAAAUAAGCUGUGUUAAAACCUUAAAGUGGUCGAAAACUAAUGGACAUUUGUUUUCUGGAAAAAAACUAAGCAUUUUAUUGCUUAUGAAGAUCUUGAUGAAAAAGGUUUUUGUUGUACAUAAUUCUCGUAGUUCUAUCAAGAACCGGGCAUGGUGA